AUGUCUUUCCUACUCCGGUUCCACGAUCUGAUCGGCGGCAUCCACGUGCCGAUAGACGACGGCAUCGACAAGCUCAACCGCAAGUACACGCUGCUGGUGUUCCUCUUCUUAGCGCUUCCUAUCUUCACCAAACAGUACAUCGGCGACCCCAUCGAGUGCUUCACGCCGACCUACUUUACUGAGUCGCAGUCGCGCUAUGUGAACAGUUACUGUUGGACAACUUCGACCUAUUACCUGGUGACAGAUGGCAACGGCGACGAGAGCAUCGGCGAGCCAGCCGAGAACACCCUGGACCCCAAGACCCUGUCAGACGAGAUUGACUAUGGCACGGCAGAAGAUGGUGGUCCCAUCACUGCCGAUAGGUUGAGGAGGGUGCGCGUCACCUACUAUCAGUGGUCCCCGCUGAUCCUGCUGGUGCAGGGCUGUUGCUUCCAUCUUCCCUUCGUGCUGUGGGGAGCAUGCGCGCACAAUGCCGGAGUCAAGAUCCGGCGGUUGUUGAAGCGGGCCUCUGACAUCGCGAGCUUGCCACCAGGUUGCCAACAGAGAGAGGCAUUGCUUGCCGAGUUUGUUGACCAGUUCCACACAAUGGUCAACGGGAACGUCGGCUGCUGUGCCGAUCCCUCAUGCCGCAUUCCAGUGACGUGUCGCUGCGGCACGGGACCAAGCCGUUACCUCUGCUGCCUGUACCUUUUGGUGAAGACUCUGUAUGUUCUGAAUGUGUUCCUGCAGUUCUUACUUCUCACCGCAUUCAUGGGAAGAGGAUAUUUUAAACACGGAGUAGAGAUCUUAAGGAGAUUGGCGGCCGAUGGUGACUGGUGGAACUCUCCCCGCUUCCCCCUGCAAACCCUCUGCCAGGUGCGCGCUGCCAUCCAGGGCGGCCUGCGCACCUACAUCUGCCGCUGCGUGCUGCCCAUCAAUGUCUUCAACGAGAAGAUCUUCUCGGUGGUCUGGUUCUUCCUGGCCCUCGUGCUGCCCCUCAACGCGGUCAGCCUCUGCAUCUGGGUGUGGCGCAUCUUCCCCUGCAACCGGCUGGCCUUCGUCCGCUUGGCCCUGUGGCGGACACGCCUUUUCAGCCUCUCGGAGAUCUCUCGAGCCUCCAAGAAAAUCGAGACCUCCUACCUGGGCUGGGACGGAGUGUUCGUGCUCCGCCUCAUCGAGCACAACCACGGCAGCAACCUGGCCACCGUCAUCCUGGGCAAGCUCUGGGAGUUCUACGCCAAUCAGAUGAAGGCCCAGGAGGAGGGGCAGGUGGGCGGGGGCGCCCUCGCCGACCUAGAGCUGGGCAGGGCGCCCGGGGAGAUGGGCAGCGUGACCUCCGUGGCACCGUCCACCUCGUGGCACUCGUGCCACGCGGGUGCGUGCCACCUCGGACACUUCUCCAGCCAGCAACAGAAGCGGUCCGCCGCCGCAGCGCCGCACAACGGCUACUGGAGCAAGUGUUCAUGA